AUGAUUGACGAGCACUACAACGCCAAGGCCCUGGAGGACAUCGUCAUCAUCGCAGAGAACGCAGCCAACCAGGACGAGCACCCCACGGGCUUCAUGUGCGACGGCGCCCUCCUGUCGCGUCCGCUGUCGCCCAUGCGCCACGCGCUGGCCGCCACGCUGCAGCACCUGGGCGGGGUCCUGCCCCCCCACCUGGGCUACCACCCACAGCGCAACGUGAUCACGCACGACUGGCUGUGGAGCGUGGGGGCCCACCCCCUCAGCUGGACGUCCAGCGGCACCGCCUACAGCCAGCUGCACAUAGACGCGCUGCACAGGAGCUACAUCCUCGACGCGUUGGACCGCAGCGUCGAGACGGUCAACACAGGGAUCGCGCUGCUGGCGGACGAGAAGCCUGACGAGCAGUCGCACGGCCGCGUCCUGGCGCACCAGGCGCCGCUGCGGCAGGCGCUGCAGAUAUACGCGCAGACCGUGAACAUGUGGCGCACCUGCGUGGCCCACGCGGCCGCCCUGGAGUACGGCCCCGCCUCCGAGAUGAUCUUCGGGAUGGAGCGCCUGGCAGAGGCGUUCGUGCGGUCAUGCGAGGAGGUGGACGCGAUCCUGCACCCAAAGCGCUGCGCGCAGCGCGCGCCCAUCGCCCCCGCCCUGCUGCGGUGGAUGACCCUGGGCAGCGCGGCGGCCGUGGCGCUCGUGGCGCUGCUGACCUGCGGCACGGCCCGCAAGAAGGUCAAGAAGGGGGACUGA